AGCGCGACUGACUGCUAAAAGCCGCCAUAUUGUUGAUUGUGUAAAACGAUCAUGCGCGAGAGACAAUUAUUAGUACGCUUUUUGACAGAAUGAGCCUGCUGUUUCUUCUUAUACUGUGCCCCAGUGGUUAGUGAUUGACCGCAAGUUUCUUGUUGUUGAUUUGUUGAUUAAAGUCAAGUGAUAAAGUUUUUUUUGGAUGAACUAAACGCUCAUGUAACGAAUUAAUAAAAUAACAAGUGUUGACAAAAAUAUUUGCAAUUCUAAAAAUAAACAACUUUAAAUAUAAUGCCCUUGGCAACUCUAACGGCUCCUUGGACCGAGCAUCGUACAAAUGAAAAGCAAAGUACAGAAAUUCUUCCGGCUGAAAAUCAGGAAGAAACAAUGAUUACUCCAGGAAAUUUCAUUGAAAGAUCAAACGGUUGCUCUGAAUCUCAUGAGAUUGAAGUACGUGAUAUGGUAAGAGAUGGUUAUGAGAAAGCAGAACCUUCUCAUUUUGAAUUAUUGAAAGUUCUUGGUCAAGGAUCUUUUGGCAAGGUAUUUUUAGUGAGAAAAGUUAUUGGGAAAGAUAGUGGUACAUUAUAUGCUAUGAAAGUCUUAAAGAAGGCAACUUUGAAAGUUCGUGAUAGAGUUAGAACCAAAAUGGAGAGAAACAUAUUGGUAGAUGUGGAACAUCCAUUUAUUGUCCGACUACAUUAUGCAUUUCAAACUGAAGGAAAACUUUAUUUAAUUUUAGAUUUUUUAAGAGGUGGUGAUCUCUUUUCUAGAUUAUCUAAAGAGGUAAUGUUUACGGAAGAUGAUGUCAAGUUUUAUUUAGCUGAACUAGCACUCGCAUUGGAUCAUAUACAUAAACUUGGAAUUAUAUAUCGAGAUUUAAAACCCGAAAAUAUUUUGUUAGAUACAGAAGGCCACAUAUCUUUAACAGAUUUUGGCUUGAGCAAACAACCUUUGGAUGAUUCAAAAGCAUAUUCGUUUUGUGGCACGGUUGAGUAUAUGGCACCGGAAAUUGUCAACAGAAAAGGGCAUACUUUUACGGCAGAUUGGUGGAGUUUUGGUGUCUUGAUGUUUGAAAUGCUGACAGGUGCUCUUCCGUUCCAAGGUGCAAAUCGUAAAGAAACAAUGACGCAAAUUUUGAAAGCUAAACUUGGUAUGCCACAUAAUCUUUCAUCAGAAGCGCAAGCACUUUUGAGAGUAUUAUUCAAGAGAAAUCCGGCAAAUCGGCUUGGAUCUGGAGGAGUCGAAGAAAUUAAAAGUCACAUUUUUUUUGCUACCAUCGAUUGGGACGCCCUUUAUAAAAAGGAAAUAAGACCGCCAUUUAAACCAGCUAUUAGAGAAGAUGAUGCGUUUUACUUUGACAGCGAAUUUACCUGUAAAACACCUAAAGAUUCUCCUGGAGUACCUCCUAGUGCAAAUGCUCAUGAAUUAUUUCGCGGAUUUAGUUUUGUCGCACCAUGUUUGCUCGCAGAUGCAGAUCAUGUUGUAUCUCCUGAAUAUAGAAAUUAUGAUAGUGUCAGUGCCACUUUUCCACCUUAUGUCAAUCCUGUUUCCAUAACUGAUGAAUAUGAAUUUAAACAUGAGAUUGGCAGAGGAAGCUAUAGUGUGGUAUACUUGGCUGUUCAUAUAGCAUCCAAGAUGGAGUAUGCUGUGAAGGUGAUUGAAAAAUCAAAACGAGAUCCAACAGAGGAAAUAGAAAUUCUAUUACGAUACGGUAGGCAUCCCCACAUUGUAACCUUGAGAGCGGUUCACGAAGACGAUAAACGAGUAUAUCUCGUAUUAGAACUUUUACGUGGUGGCGAACUUCUCGAUCGUUUAUUACAAAGACGAAAUUUUACUGAGAGAGAAGCAGCCGAAGUCAUUUAUACUGUCACAAGUGUAGUACAGUAUCUUCACGAGAAUGGAGUUGUUCAUAGAGACUUGAAACCAUCGAAUAUCUUGUAUGCCAAAGCGGGCGGUGAUCCAACAACACUUUGUAUAUGCGAUCUUGGUUUUGCAACACAAUUACGGGCAGAAAACGGUUUACUAAUGACGCCCUGUUAUACAGCCAACUUUGUAGCACCUGAAGUAUUAAAACGUCAAGGAUAUGAUGCAGCCUGUGAUAUUUGGUCACUCGGAGUUUUAUUAUAUAUUAUGCUAGCUGGAUAUACGCCUUUCCGUAAUAGUCCAGGAGAUAGUGCGAACGAUAUAUUAGAUCGUAUUGGUUCGGAAUAUAUAGAUGUAGAAAGUGGUAUAUGGUGCCAUAUCUCCAAUGAAGCUAAAGAGCUAGUUAAAAGAAUGUUACAUUUGGAUCCCACUCGAAGACCUACCGCAGCUAUGAUUUUAAAAUAUCCAUGGAUUAUAAAUCGACAUCGUAUCCCGCCAAAACUACUGCCAGAUGUUAUUAAAGAUCCACAUAGCUUGAAGAUAGCAGUAGCAGAGACGUAUAAAGUAAUAGCGAGUAAUCCGAGAUCACCGCAUAUUGGUCCUGUGGUUAUGUCCGAAUUGGCACGUCGUAGAACACAAGGCAAAAGCAGUGGUCUUACCCAAAUUUAACCUUAUAAUAUUCCUUGUACAGAUUUAACUUUUAUUUAACAUAUUUAAGAUUUAUAAAUAAAGAUAUUUAGGAUAAAGUCGUUUAAAGAGUACAAGCAAAUUCAGACAACUCAAAGUCCAAAAUCAGGACAUAAGAUGUGUUUAAAAAUGUCUUAUAGCAUGAUUUUGGAUUUUGUCUUGUCUAGAAAAGGUAGUUCAAAGUGCCCAUAUAGUGCAAGUGACAUCAAUAUCAUUGCAGAGAAUAUAUAACUAAACAUUUGUGACAGUAAGUCAAAUAUGUGAUAUUUAUUUUUAGUUUAUUGCAUUUAAUAUGUAGUUAUACAUGCAGACAAUGGAUACGCAUAUUCAUCUAUAUUUGUGACAGCUCCAAAAUAGAGUACAAAAGAUUUCAGUAAUAAUCGAAACAAGCAAUUUAAAUACAUUUUAAUUUUUUUUUUAUAUUCUGUCACAUCUCAUAAAUACUAUUGAAAAAAUUAUGUGAAAUAAAUUGAGUAAAUCUAUUAUUACUCAAUAAUUUUGAAAAAUUUUCAAGCAUUUCGAUGUAUUUCGACGUAUAUUAUCUGUGCAAUAUAGUUAAAUCGAACUUUCUUUACUUGAUGUAUGUUGGAAUAUGCCUUGCAUUUUCGUUUAAAUAUGUAAUUUGUAAUUUUAAAGCAUUUAUAAAUAUUUCGAUGUUUGAGUUUUAAAAGAAGUAUAAUAGUUAAUUGUAAAAAAUAAAAUCAAGUAAUCAUUGUUUUACUGCAAUACUAAUCGUUUGUUACAUAAAUAAAUAAUUGUAUAUAUCAGAAUUAAAA